AGAAGCAAACGUGGAUGGCUUCAAUACGGGCAAAAAAACUGACUCUGACCUUACUGAUAUGUAUUAUCAACUGUUCAACUUCAAGAAACUAGGCUUGAUAUGUAAUGUAUGCAAACAUCGAAGUUUGGAGAAUGACACGACAGCAGCAUCAAAGCGAAGAGUACAUGCUGUAUUGCAUUUGGGAAUUGCGACGUCAAUGCUGCCAAAAAUAUCUAUGAUAUUUUCAUGUUUGCUGCAGUAACAUGUGUGAUUGAUAUCACUCCUUCA